AUGGAUAUAAAUAUAGGGAGUUCGUUUAAAAUGACAAAGAAAUUGGGUUCAGGUAUUUAUGCAGAAGUAUUUCAUGGAUUCAAUAUCAAAACGAACAUGGAAGUGGCAAUUAAACUUGAGCCUGUAAACACAAAGCGUCCACAACUGUUUUAUGAAGGAAAAUUAUACUAAUACUUGUAACAAGAACCCUCAGUUAUUGAUAAAGGAAUUCCAAAUGUUUACUAUUGUGCAACAGAGGGUGGAAAUAAUAUUAUGGUAAUGGAUCUCCUUGGCCCUUCUUUAGAAGAUCUAUUCAAUUUAUGUGGCAGAAAAUUUUCUCUAAAGUCAGUAUUAAUGUUGGCUGAUCAGAUGAUUUAAAGGAUUGAAUAUGUUCAUUCUAGAAACUUUUUACAUCGAGAUAUUAAACCAGACAAAUUUUUAAUUGGAACAGGCAAUAGAGCUCAUAAGGUUUAUAUUAUUGGUUUUGGAUUUGCAAAGAGAUAUAUUCAAAAAGAUGGCAAACACAUUCCCUAUAAGGAGGGUAAAGAUUUAACAGGGACUGCCCGUUAUGCUUCAAUCAAUAACCAUCUUGGUAUUGAGCAGGGAAGAAGAGAUGAUCUUGAAUCAUUAGGCUAUGUAAUGAUGUACUUCUUAAGAGGAUCUCUCCCCUGGUAAAACUAGAGGACUAGGAAACUAGAAUACCGCGAAAGUGUUGAUAAGAAAAAGCUUUCAAUAUCAAUUGAAAAAUUAUGCGAAGGAUUUCCAUAAGAAUUUGCUACAUACUUAAAUUAUGCAAAAAAAUUAAGAUUAGAUGAAAAACCUGACUACAAUCACUUAAGAACUUUAUUUAAAGAUUUAUUUACCAAGAGUGGAUUUGAGAUGGACAAUAUUUAUGAUUGGAAUCUGAUUUAGAAAAUGGAUGGUACUCCUGGAAAAACCACAAACAACAAUUAAACAGAAUAACUGCCAAUAGGUUAAGUGCUCCAAAAAUAAGGUUGA